AUGAAAUUUCGGAAGGCUUUAAGGAAUUAGGUUACGUUCAGAAACGUUAAAGAAGGUUUUAUCAAUGAGUAUGAGCUGGAUUUUAGCGAUACAGAAAUAUUUUAUUUACUAAUAAUGGGUAAUCUACAACUGAAAAACAUAUAAAAAUUUAUCUGAUUCAUAAGUUACAAAAAAUCAUAUUCUUUAAGAGAAUAUAAAAUAAAAUUAAUAACUAUUAGUAAAAAAUGAGCGAUUAUGUGUUAAUUCUUAAGAUUUCAACAAAAAAUUGAAAAACUAAAGUUAUAUAUAAAUUUAUCUUGAAUAAUUUUGUCAAACCUCAUUAAAGAAUACAAUUAAUUACAUUAUUAAAUAUUAAUUAGUAAAUUUAGAAGAAUCUAAUUAUUUAUAUAAUAGAAAAGCAAAAGUUGCAAAUAAAUUCAACAUCAAGAACCUAGCGAAGUGAAGGGGUUUAAGAGUUAUUUAUUGGAAUUACAUGUAAAAUUUAUUCUAAAAGCAACAAAAAGUAUAUAUCUAGAUGUGUGUCUGAACCACAAAGAUAUAGAAAAAUAAAGUUAAUAAAAACAAAGAGGCGAAUUAAUGAUUUGAGGCAUCAAGAGCAGCAUAUUUAGGGUUUGUCUAUAAUUGAUUUAAAGAAUCUUAGCUAACUAAGUUAAUGCCUAUUUUGA